AUGGGUGCCCCAAAGCAGAAGUGGACACCUGAAGAAGAAGCUGCCCUUAAAGCUGGUGUCCUUAAACAUGGAACUGGCAAGUGGCGUACUAUACUCUCUGAUCCUCAGUUUAGUUCUGUUCUAAAGUCCCGCUCUAAUGUCGAUCUCAAGGACAAGUGGAGAAACAUUAGUGUGACUGCGUUAUGGGGUUCAAGGAAGAAGGCUAAACUUGCACUUAGAAGAACAUUGCCAGCUCCUAAACAAGAUGAUAAUAAUAACACUACACCUCUUAGCAUUGUCCCUUUGGCCAAUGGAGAAGGACGUACGAAUCCAACAUCGCCUGGUGGUUCUGUUACUGGAUCGCCACAAACUCAUGCCUCAAAGAUAUCAAUUACAAGUUUGGACAGGAUUAUCUUGGAGGCAAUUACUAACUUGAAGGAACCACGCGGUUCUGACAGAACAUCCAUCUUUAUGUAUAUAGAGGAGAAUUUCAAGACUCCGCCGAAUAUGAAAAGAAAUGUCUCAGUGCGAUUAAAGCACUUGUCAUCAAAUGGACCAUUAGUUAAGAUAAAGCACAAGUACAGGUUCUCUACUAAUUUCACUAGCGUAGGAGCAAGACAGAAGUCUCCCCAACUCCUCUUGGAAGGAAACAACAAAAAAGACACACCAAACCCGGAGGUAGACGGAGAUAUGUUUAUGAUAAAAGGCAUGACAGCUCAAGACGCUGCAGAAGCUGCCGCAAGAGCAGUUGCGGAAGCAGAAUAUGCAAUCACAGAGGCUGAAGAAGCAGCUAAAGAGGCGGAAAGAGCAGAAGCCGAAGCUGAAGCUGCUCAGAUAUAUGCUAAAGCAGCCGUGAAAGCUUUGAAGUUGAGGAUCCGUAAUCAUACUCGGUAA